ACCGGCGAAUAGAGAGGAGGCGGGCUGAAGUAAGAAAAUUAUAAGGUCACUGGAAUUACCAGUGCUACAAGCCGUCGUUACAAUGAAAGCGAGAACAGAUAACAAUGAAAAAAUGAAAUAAACGGGUGCAAAGUCUGCGAGGAGAAGCCGCGGCUCUGAGGCCGUGUGUCGUUCAGCGCGUGCAUCAGCGCAGGUGAGGUUUAAGCCGAUCAAGGUGGGAUCCACAGAACCCCUUCUGCCAGAACACACACCUUAUUGUGACCACGGAGACCUAAAUCGAGGAUGUUGCGGUUGGCGUGCUCCACGGCUCUUCUCUUCGCUCUCCGGCUGUUCACAGGCCUGCCCUGGUUACAGGUCCUGCCAAUUAUUGUGAUCAUCUUCCUGGGUUCUGGAGGAUGGAAGUCUUUCCAUGUGUUUUCAAAGACCAUAUACCGCGAUUUGCAUGCAGCCAGUGUGUUGCUGAGGGUGAAACUCAAUGUCAAAAAGCACCUCCGUGAGCGCAACACCGUUCCCAAACUCUUUGCCAAGUCCGUCAAGAAAUACGGUGACAAGACGGCUCUGAUUUUCGAGGGAACGGGUGAAAAAUGGAGCUUCAAGGAGCUUGACGAGUACUCCAACCGCGUGGCUAACCUUCUGCUCCAGAGGGGCUUCAAGGAGGGCGACGUGAUCGCUCUGUUCAUGGAGAACCGCUCUCAGUACGUGGGGCUCUGGCUGGGCAUGGCAAAGAUCGGAGUGGAGGCAGCUCUCAUCAACUUCAACCUGAGACUGGAGGCUCUGGUGCACUGUGUCAACAUCUCCAACGCCAAAGCCGUGGUGUUCGGCAGUGAGCUGACUGAUGCGAUGUGUGAGGUGCACAGCUCCAUGGGAAAGACUGUGAAGCUCUUCUGCUCUGGAGAAUGGGAGCCUAAGCGGGUUCCUGACGGCACAGAGCAUCUCGAGCCGCUGCUGGAGGCCACCGCUACAAACCAGCCCAGACAACCAGAUUGCAGCUUCACAGAUCGCCUUUUUUACAUUUACACAUCGGGAACCACUGGGAUGCCAAAAGCUGCUAUUGUUGUACACAGUCGGUAUUACCGCAUGGCUGCCUUGGUGUACUAUGGUUUCAGAAUGAAGUCUGAGGAUGUGCUUUAUGACUGUUUACCACUUUACCACUCAGCAGGUAACAUCGUGGGAGUCGGACAGUGUCUGCUCCAUGGAAUGACUGUGGUGAUCAGGAAGAAGUUCAGCGCUUCCAAGUUCUGGGAUGACUGCAUCAAAUACGACUGCACAAUCGUGCAGUACAUUGGCGAGAUCUGCCGCUAUCUGCUGAAUCAGCCGAAGAGGGACACGGAGCGCCAACACAAGGUCCGCAUGGCCCUGGGUAACGGCCUGCGUCAGUCCAUCUGGGAGGAGUUCACCAGCCGCUUCCACGUCCCACAGAUCGCAGAGUUCUACGGCGCCACCGAGUGCAACUGCAGCCUGGGCAACUUCGACAACAAGACGGGCGCCUGUGGAUUCAACAGCCGGAUCCUGCCCUAUGUUUACCCCAUCCGCUUAGUCAAAGUGGACGAGGAGACCAUGGAGCUCAUCAGAGGACCGGAUGGAGUCUGUAUCCCAUGUGGUCCAGGAGAACCUGGUCAGCUGGUUGGCCGAAUCAUUCAGAAUGACCCUCUCAGACGAUUUGAUGGUUAUGUCAAUCAGUCGGCCACGAAUAAAAAAGUUGCCAACGAUGUCUUCAAAAAGGGAGAUAGUGCCUAUCUCUCAGGAGAUGUGCUGGAGAUGGACGAGUACGGCUACAUGUACUUCAAAGACCGCACAGGAGACACGUUCCGCUGGAAAGGAGAGAACGUCUCCACCACUGAGGUGGAGGGAACGCUGAGCCGCCUGCUGGACAUGAAAGAUGUGGUGGUGUAUGGAGUGGAAGUGCCAGGUGCUGAAGGCAAGGCAGGGAUGGCAGCUAUAGCAGACCCGGAGCACAGCACAGACCUGGUGAAGUUUAGCCAGGACCUGGAGAAGGCCCUGCCACCCUACGCCCGGCCCGUGUUCCUGCGCUUCCUACCAGAAGUGAACAAAACAGCGACUUUUAAAUUCCAGAAGACAGAAAUGCGACGGGAGGGAUUCGACCCCAACGUCGUCUCUGACAAACUCUACUUCCUGGACUGCACUAAGGGACAGUAUGUGGAGCUGAAUGUGGAGCUCCAUCGCAGCAUCGUCUCAGGAAAGCUGAAAUUAUGAGACUACUGCCAACCUCCACCCGUUCCCUCAUCUUUACCCCACCUUCAGCAGCCCUCAAACCCCGCCCCCUCAUCACUCCGCCCCUCGUUACCUCAGCAGACACAGUUAGGGGCCGCAGGGACCCAUUCUGCCCGUACAUUCAAGCCCCCAUUGAUUCAUUCUCCCAUCCGAGACGGGACUGAGGUGGUGUUCAGCCAGCCGUCUUCAAAACAAAAAAAAGCAAGGAAUGCAAAAAAAAAUUAAGCAAUUUAGCAAACAAGAAUAUAAAACACAUACAGCAAGGAAAGGCACAAGGACCAAACACACUGCUGUCAAGUGGUAAAGCUUUCUCUUUGCCUCAGCUGCACAAUACUCCCCGGCUACAAGAUUCAGGACUGACGCUUUCAUUAUGACAGAUUGGACAAGUCCUGACCAAAACCAUGUGGAUCGACAUGCAAUACAAACCCAGUACUAGCUGUGCGCUUGCCAGCUGCCAAGACUUGAUCAAUGCUGUUCAUUUAAAUGUGUAACAUGCACCAAAUAUAUGUAUAUAAGUUAUAGAAUAGCUCCUCCUCUAUUUACAAGUCAUGAAUCUACAUGCUGCGAUGAAGACGUCCCUGAUAGCACUGCUUCUGUGUGCGUUUGACCUCUCCAGACUGUAGUAUGCAGCGUUAGCAUGGAAGCAGAUUUAACGAUCAGCCCGGUGUGACAUUGUGCAGCCUGGGCUUCAUGGGUUUGCUUCGUUUUGCUAGACGUUUUGCCUCUCUACAGGACACUAUAGUGGACUUUGCAAGUAGUGUAACACUCUGGUGCUAAAGAGCGAACAUCCUAUCUAUCUGCAAAGCCGUGCCAGACCUAAAAAACAUCUUUUCUCCUUGACAGGAAGAGGACAGAAGUGGAGGAGAAGAAAGGGGAAAGCGAUAUAGGCUAUUUGUCAUCAGAGAUCUAGUUUUUCUUUCAGCAGCAUGAAUGAUUGACGCAGCAGAGCACUGUGCCUUACUGUCGGGUCAGCAGAUCGUGUUAUUGCCCUCGUCCUGCAUCAUUACACUAACUGACUCUAGACGUCUCUUGGACAGCUAGCUUAUUUUCUAGACCUUGCUUGUGCUCCCAUGAAUCUUCCCAUCAUGCAAAGUGUGUCCAGCACUACGUCUAUGGGCAUCCUGUCCGUUCCAUGUGUAUUUUGCUCGAUCUCCUUUUGCGAACCUUCCUGUUCUCACUCGUCCACUGAAAGCUGGUUAUUUAUUUAUAUAUCGUAGGAAGUAUUUAAGUGUGUGUGCACGUGUGACAGGAUGAUUUUGUGUGAUAGCACUUGAAUUUCACCAAGUCACUGUUUUGGCCACUAUAUAUUAAUGUACAGCACAGAUGUGGGAAAACAGAGAACAGUUUUGACCUUAUUUGGGUAAAUCUCAUCAGUAACAUGUUUGUGUCAGGCAUCACCACAACAUCAAAACUAUAUAUAUAUAUAUAUAUAUAUCAUCAAGCCUAUUUCUCAAUGUUUUGCCAUUUAUUUUUUUUCUCUAUACGUUAAUGAUGAAAAUCUAAUUCAUGUUACCAUAAUGACAAUAAAAUUGCGUUCUCUUUACCGUAACUACCAAAAAAAAUCUUAUUCUCAAUUACUGUAAUGAAAAAAAAAUCUAAUUUACAUGAUCAUAAUAAGGAAAAAUCGCAUUCUCAGUAACAUAAUGGGAAAAAAAAACGAAUUUUUAUUACGUCAUAAUAAAAUCCUCAUCCUCGAACAUCUCAAUUUCAUUACCGUAAUGGCAAUAUAUCAAAUUACCAUAAUCACAAUCUAUUCUCAUUACUAAUGGCAAUAAAGUAUUUUUUAUUACCAUAAUGGCAAAAAAAUCAAGAUCACAUUACUGUAAUGAUAAUAAAAUCGCAUUCACAUUACAAUAAAAUAUUGUUCUCAUUACUAUAACAGCAACAAAAUAAGAUCCUCAUUCUCAUUACCGUCCCGACAAAAAAAAAAAAUCUAUACUUUUUUUAAUACUUUUAGCAUAAAUUAAAUUCACUACAACAGUAAAAAGUAAUAUUUUGUUCACAUGUGGGAUAAAGUUUGAUUUACUCAAAUAGCUGAAGUGUGAUUUAGACUUAAAAUCCAAGGGUGCGGUAGUGAUGUCAUUAGUUAAUCAGCCAAUCAGAUGCAGUUGUCUCCAUCAAUACCUUUUCUGGUUUUUAUUUUGUUGUUGCCCUUUCCUGUAUAACUUGGACUUUUUUUAUUUUAUUUUUUAUUUUUUUGUAAAUGAUUGCUGUUUAAUGAUUUGUUUGAUGGUUGAGCUUUAUUUCUCUGUUAAUCUUAUUUGCUUUUUGUUUUUGUUCUGGGUGUGUGAAAGAGAGGGAAUCUCUGAAACCUCAACAGACAUUUCUUUCUCUCGUGAUAGCGUGUGUUCGAGUUUGUCCUAUGAUAGCAAGAAUCCUCACAGGAAGCUUUCGCCGAGGCCUCUCUUGAUUAUUUCCCCCAGUUAAGGGCAUAGUCCAACCCAAAAUGAAAACUCUCAUCAUUUACUCACCCUCACGUCUUUCCAAACCUGUAUGCUGUCAACUGUCAGACUCUAAAAAGGACAAAAAAAGCCCAAGUCCUCUGAAGCCAUAUGAUGCUUUUAUGUGAGAAAAGAGCAGCAUGUAUUGUCUGUCUUCCUCCACUGCAGCUUUCAGAUGUGCUUCUCCAUUCUCUACUCUUAUUUAAAAAGCAGCGGCACAUUGUCAGCACACCUGGUGCAAUAAUAUGCCAUUUUCCUAAGGGUUUCUAAAGGCGAGGAAGAUUGUCUGUCAAUUUUAACUGAAAAGAAAAAUUAUAAUAAAUUAAAAUUGAAUUUCAAUCUACUUUUAUGGUGAUUUUUUUUUUGUCCUUUUUGAUAUUUGCAGGAAGAUUCUGUGUGUUCCAGAAAAGAAAUAAAAUCACGCAGGUUUGGAACGACAGAAAAGUAAUUAACGAUGACAAGGUUUUCAUUUUUGGCUACACGGUCCUUUUAAAGUCUCUUACAAAGACACACACAAACGUCCUUCAGUUUCAGUUGAUAGAGAUUUCUGCAUUGUGAUUAAUGUCUAUCUUCAUAUACUGUCAAGCAGUGUUGGGUAUAGUUACUUUGGAAAGUAGUUAGUUAGGUUACAACGUUACCAUCAAUUAAAAGUAAUCAGUUAUGAUACAGCGUUACCUAUUCAUAAAAGUAACGCGUUAGAGUACUCAUGCGUUACCAAAAAUUAAAAGCCGUUUGCAGUGGCUCACACAUGACAGACACAGCCCCCGGCCCCUUUAAAUGCACCUAGAAGUCUUGACUCCCGACAAUGAAUAACGUCAGUCAUCCGACUAAAUUAACACUGCAGGAUAACAAUAACAGGAAAGACAGUCAGCAAUCGGCUAUUCCACAUGGCGUUUUAUUUAUUUAUUAUCACAGAACAUAUUAUUAAUCAAAAUUCGCACCUAACGUUACCCAGCCCGGGUAGCCUAGGCUACUGUAUAUUAUGAGCACCACAAGAUAACUCAUGAUUUUUCUUUAACUUUAAAUAAUGCAGUUAUCAAAGUACAAGUAUGCUUACUUGUAAACACAACCUUAAACAGGCUUGCAGAUUUAAAUCCAUUUAGAAAUGAUGAACAACCAGCCAGCCAAUGAUCUAACAGAAAUUAACAGCUGCCUGUCAAACAAAAAUGAUAACAAACCGAAUUAAAUCCUUCACUGCCACACAGGCAAAUGACAAAUCGCUUAAUAGCCGAACUAAUUAUUAUUAAAGUGUCACUCACAGUCACAAGCCUAAAUUCGCUUUAACACAGUCCUCUUACAUUUACUCUUCAAAGUAGUGAUUAAAACGUAGCGUUAAAUUUGAGGUAGAAUUUUUGGCGGUCGACAGAAGCUUUUCACCAAAGCAGAGUGUGCAUUUUACCGUAUGUUCUUUUCUUUUUCGUUGACAAAUUGAAAAUAAUGUGCGUACUUCCAUAAACCAAACGCUGUCCUCUCUGCCAUCUUGCCGGGAGUUCGAAAAAAAAAAAACCCACACACACACACAGGGUCAGGCGCAGGGAACAGUCGCAUCACAGCCAUUGACUUUACGAUCACAGAGCUUCGGCUCCGCUGAUACAUCCGCAGGUGGCACAGUAGACCUAGGACUACUGUCUGACAAAAAGCAGGCUGCAGUCGGGAUUUUCCUUUCCUUAAAAUAACGGAUUACUUUUUUUAAAAAAUAACGAAGUUACUGAUUACUUACGCACGAAACUAACGCGUUAGGUUACACAUUUCAGGAAAAAAGUAAUUAGAGUACUCUAACGCGUUACUUUGUAACGCGUUACCCACAACACUGCUGUCAAGGCAUUAGUAAUGUGAAAUGCAAAACCAGUGCUGUGAAUAAUUUAAAACUUCCUGAGUUUCCACUGUACUAUAAAAGCAGUCCGUUUUUCUGUGUUUCAGGCCAAACUUCAGUGUUUCAAAGGGUCGGUGUGUGUGUGGUUCUUCUGUUGUGUUCCCGCUCUCUGGAGAUAAUGCUACACUCCUCUUGCAGUUAAAUGUGAAAUGUUGUUCUCGUGUCUGUCCACUAGAUCGUGCUCAUUCAGGACGUAAACACAUUCGCUCCUCAUGCUCAGAAUGGCUGAUUUGCCAUCCAGAAUUGUGUUCAUGUUGAUCACUCUUUUAUGAGGGACAUCUACCGUUUUACUUACGGUGGAUUGGUUAUUAUUUGCACUGUCUAUGGCUUUACAGCUACAAAAUACCAUUUUCAAGUAACCUAAGUUAUAUUGUUUUUUUAUCUUGUUUUAUAGAGCGCCAAAGUUAGUCAGGGAGGAAAACGGAUGUUUAUAAUUUGUAGCGAUCUGUCACUCUUCUCAAAAGACUGAUCAUAAAUGCACUUGUGUUUUGUCUAUUUCUGUUCAGUACUCAGGAACAACAUUCAGAGGCAGAUGAGAGAAGGGAAACUGUGUGUGUGUGUGUGUGUGUGUGUGUGUGUGUGUGAUGUAGAGGUGUGGGAGGUGUGCUGCGUCACACUGAAGUCCUCUCGUCUGAAAGACUAGCUGUAAAUCAUGCUCUUUCGAAACAAUGGCAUCCAAGAAUCAAUAUUAAUAAAAAAAAUCGAUAUCAA